CGCUGAUGACGAGAGCCUUUAGCAACGGGAGAGGGAGCCCGGUACCUUGGAAGUCAUGGGCUUGGCUAAGCUUGGACAGCGCCAAGGCAUCGUUGACGACCCUACAGAUCCCGGUCCUACUUCGAGUUUUGUGCCGCGCGGUGCCCAUGAGAGAGUCGAGGAAGAUGGACGUGAACGCGAGCGAAAGCGCAAAGGGAAGGGAGUACAAAGGUUCCGUCAGAACUCGUACGCGUUCGAGGCACCCCACCUUAUCCCUGUGCCAAUGGUUCACCAAGGUGCAAACCCGUUACUGAGUGCCGAGAGUGGCGUUCCUAGCGGUCCUACCCGCAAACUACCUAUGCAGUCAUCGAUGCAACGCCUCACCCCACAAGACGGAGUAUCCACUUUUACGGGUCCGUGGGACCCCCUUUGUGACAUUAGCGCUAGCGCUACACUGAAUAAGAUGGCGAUUUCAUCGCAUGCACAUCAGCCUCUGCUGAGCAGCAAGUUUCGCCAACCGGUCAGGAUGGCACCGAUAGCCCGCUGCCAGGCCUAGCUUCCGCGUCCGGCAGCACGAAUUUGAGUGCAUCCUUUUCGCCGGACCCAACCCCAUCGUCUCUAUCGGGAUCUACCGCGCCAUCCCAGCCGUUUAGUCUCCACCCUGGCUUCCCAGGCAGCGAAGACUUGUCACUCGGCGCGAACUCGUUGCUACCGAACCCGAGUGCUUCGAACGUCAGUAGCGUGUUGCGACUCGACGAGGAAGAGCUCGCACGAUCGUCAGGUGCACUGGCGGUUAGCACGGAGUCGCAGCAGCAAGGCACGAUUUCUACCCAGCUGCCUUCCCCGUCGUCUGGUACGAUCCCGAGCUCGAGUACAGGCCGAGACUCUGGUGAUCAGCACCCACCGGUAUGUCGCUGUCUU